CAUUUAUCUCUAAUACGAAUACAAAUAUUUUAUUGGCACAAAAACAAUUACAAUAAUUGGCAAAGGCCCAAUAUAUGCAUAAACAGAAGUAUUGCUUUAUUAUAUAUCAGUAGGAAAGAUAUACAUGUAUAAUUGGACUUCAAUUUCCUUUGUAUCAUUCGACAUCGAAUUGUCAAUUACAUAUUUACUACGUUCAAUCAAAUAAAAACACACGUUUUGCGAAAAAAAAACACCUUAUAUAACCUUAGUGUUGCCUUUUUCCAGGGUUAUAACAAAAGGUGACACUGACAGAAAAACGGAGAUUGUAGCUAUCUUAUGACUCACUCAGUGUUUUAAAAAAGUUUAAAUAAAUGAAAGUGAAAGUAGAAGACCUCUUUCCCGGAAAAGGAUAUCGAUGUUGUACAGAUUGACCCACAUUAAGCCUUAUUGGUGGCAUGGGCAGCUAGAUCGAGACCACAUUCCACAAUAGGACACCGGCGCUAUGGUUAUCAAAUGUCCUAUCUGCGGAAAAGACGAUUUCAAGAAUGAGAGAGGACUCAAAAGUCACAGAACAUGGAAACAUUCAAGUAGCCCAGACGACAGAGGAUUGCAGCCAUCCACUUCUGCACGAGUCCAGAGGGAUAAUGGAGCAAGACCCAAAAAUAAUAUUUUAGGUCAAAAAGAUCACUACGGUGAUAAAGAUAUUAUUAAGGAUGUUGCAAGGGAGGUGCAGAGGGAUUCACGCCAAAGGGGUUCUCAAGAAGAAAUUCUGUUCAAAGACACCGGCGCUAUGGUUAUCAAAUGUCCUAUCUGCGGAAAAGACGAUUUCAAGAAUGAGGGAGGACUCAAAAGUCACAGAACAUGGAAACAUUCAAGUAGCCCAGACGGCAGAGGAUUGCAGCCAUCCACUUCUGCACGAGUCCAGAGGGAUAAUGGAGCAAGACCCAAAAAUAAUAUUUUAGGUCAAAAAGAUCACUACGGUGAUAAAGAUAUUAUUAAGGAUGUUGCAAGGGAGGUGCAGAGGGAUUCACGCCAAAGGGGUUCUCAAGAAGAAAUUCUGUUCAAAGAUGGUGCAGGAGGAACAAGACCAAAAACGAGUCCAGCCAAGUAUAAAGAAUUUCCAAAACAAUGCAGAAAAACCGAGGAAUCCGGCCGCAGACCUUUGUCAUCAGCUUCUGGUGGUAAGCUGUCGUGCCAUGCUCCAGAUUUUAAAAAAUAUGUGGAUAUGAUAGAAGUUGGAAUUAAACGUCCGAAGGAAGAUAGCACAUUUAGGACCAGCGAAGUAAACAAGUUCAUAAAUGCUUUAACAGACACGAUGGAGAGAAGAUCUGACAUACCGAUAACACUCUUAAAAUCUGGGUCUUACUAUGACAGAACCAAGAUCGACUACAACGAUGAGUUUGAUUUCAUGUUUUAUCCUGACAUCAGAAUGGAAGCAGAUUUUACAAACUGUCCCCCCGGAUAUUGUAAAAUUCGAAAAGGAGAUACUGUAAACAAAGACCUAGACCCUUUCAUUGAUAGAAACGGGUACCUUGUUCCUGAAUUGUACAAAGCCCAUAUGUUCGAUAUAUUUGAAAAAUGUCGGACUGAUUCCAGUUUUAGACAAGGGAGGAGAACCAAAAUGAAAGCUCGGAAACCUGAGAGUCCAGCAUACACCUUACUGUUCAGUUUAGGAAUUCGCGGUAAAGCACCUAUCGACAUUGAUCUGGUUCCGGCAAUUAGAAUUGAUGGCUGGCCAAAAACUGCAAGAAAAGUCAAGUCUGGGACAUGGAUAGACGAUAACGCGGCUAAAAAAGCUAUGCAAUGUUUUUAUCUCGUUACCAAGAGAUAUCCUGAAGAUCACCCAGACGUCUGCCUGCUAUGGAGGGUUUCCUUUUCACACGCAGAAAAAGAACUUAUUCUUCAUGCUAACAAGUCAGACAAUGGUUGCCGGAAGGAUAUAUUAAAAAUUCUGAAGAAAAUAAAGGAAGAUAUAAAGGAAAACAUUAAAUUAAAAACUCCAGUGGAAAUGAACAAAUUUUGCAGUUACCAUCUAAAAAUGUUUAUUCUAGAGUUCUUUGACAAGCAAAGGAAUUUUAGUAAGGAAAACAAAUAUCACUUGGUUAAAGAAUGCAUAAAGCAGCUCGCAAAAUGUGUACGUAACGGAACUAUUAAGAAUUACUUCAUUCCCAGAGACAAUGUACUACAGUCAGUCCCAGAGGAAGAAAGGCUGUACGUUAUUAGGGAACUAGAGGAUCUUAUACAGCGAAUGGUCUAGUGAUCUGUCUUUAUUGCGACAUUGUCGCAAGUUGAUGUACUUUAGGUUUGUCUGGGUUAAACACUUAUCAAUCUAUUUGGUAAAGUGUUCCUAUAUACGCAUAUUUCAAACUAUCGACUAAUUUUCUAUGCCUGUGUAUAAUUGACUAUCUUCUAAUUUGCAAACGAUUAAUUUUCAUUUAAAACAAUCCCCUUUAAUUAUAUUUCUUCUGAGAGAGAGGGACACAUUUUCUCUCGGUUAUUCAAAUCCUAUACCAUUGUUCGUAUAUUUUGAUGUUUUGCAUUAACAUAUAAGCAAAACUACUAAAUACUGUCAUUUAACAGCAAUUUUUAAGCCAUCAUCUUUAGGUUAACAUUAUUCUUUUCAUAUGCAUGUAAUUAUUACCAUUCUUUUUAAGCUUAUACACAUGAGAUCAUAUUAUUCUUAUAAUCUUUAAAAAUAUUAUUGAACAAAUAGAUCGUUAAUUUUGUUUAAAUAUCUAAACUGUGUACUGAUUAUUGCUUGAUGGAUCAAAUAAAUAGU